CCGCUUGGAAGUUCGGCAUGAUGGCCCUGGUGAGGUCGGCUCACCGGCCACUGUGCGGAGUGGCACGCGUGGUCUUUCCUUGUAUUUGGAGAGGGAGAUACUUCAGCUCCGGGAAUGAGUCGACAGAAAACAACCGAGUGACGCCGAUGCUGCGGCAUCUUAUGUACAAAAUAAAGUCUACUGGCCCCAUCACUGUAGCCGAGUACAUGAAGGAGGUGUUGACCAACCCAGUCAAGGGAUAUUAUAUGCACCAUGACAUGCUGGGAGAAAAAGGAGAUUUCAUUACUUCACCUGAAAUAAGUCAGAUUUUUGGGGAGCUAGUAGGGAUAUGGUUCAUUAGUGAAUGGAUGGCCUCUGGAAAAAGUCCAGCUUUUCAGCUAGUGGAACUGGGCCCAGGUCGUGGUACCCUCAUAGGAGACAUUUUGAGGGUGUUUAGUCAGCUUGGAUCUGUGCUGAAAAAUUGUGACAUUUCAGUACACUUGGUAGAGGUGAGCCAAAAAUUAAGUGAGAUUCAAGCAUUGACACUGACUGAAGAAAAGAUCCCAUUAGAGAGAGAUGCCGAAUCCCUAGUAUAUAUGAAAGGUGUUACUAAAUCUGGGAUUCCAAUUUCCUGGUACCGACAUCUACAGGAUGUUCCAAAAGGGUACAGCUUUUAUCUUGCACAUGAAUUUUUUGAUGUCCUCCCUGUGCAUAAAUUUCAGAAAACACCACAGGGAUGGAGAGAAGUAUUCAUUGAUAUUGAUCCACAAGUUUCUGAUAAACUGAGGUUUGUCUUGGCGCCUUGUGCCACCCCAGCAGAAGCCUUCAUACAACGUGAUGAAACGAGAGACCAUGUUGAAGUAUGUCCUGGUGCUGGCAUUAUCAUUCAAGAACUUUCUCAACGCAUUGCGCUAACUGGAGGUGCUGCACUGAUCGCUGACUAUGGUCAUGAUGGAACAAAGACAGAUACCUUCAGAGGGUUUUGUGGCCACAAGCUUCAUGAUGUCUUAACUGCCCCAGGAACAGCAGACUUAACAGCUGAUGUGGACUUCAAUUAUUUGCGCAGAAUGGCACAAGGAAAAGUAGCCUCUCUGGGUCCUACAGAACAACAAACAUUUUUAAAAAAUAUGGGCAUUGAUGUCCGGUUGAAGGUUCUUUUAGAUAAAUCACAUGAGCCAUCAAUGAAGCAGCAGUUACUUCAGGGAUAUGAUAUGUUAAUGAAUCCUAAGAAGAUGGGAGAAAGAUUUAACUUUUUUGCCUUGCUACCUCAUCAGAGACUUCAGAGUGGAAGUCCUCAGAUGAAUGCAUGUCAGUCAAAACCCUCUGCAUCAUUGCCAGUAGCUGGGUUUGAUGAACUUGCUUGGCGGUAACAUUUCAGCUUGGACUUUUCACCUCUCAGUCUACCUAAGAAAUUAAAAUAAAAGGGAACACAU